AUGUGUAGUAAUAUGGUACUGAUACCAUUCGAUCCAACAUUACCUAUAAUUGUUGCUACUGACGCAAGUCCAACAGGUAUUGCUGGCGUCUUAUCACAUAAUAUAAACGGCUCGGAAAGGCCAAUCGCAUUUGCGUCGAGAUCGGUUACAAAAUCUGAAAGCAAUUAUAGCCAAAUUGAUCGAGAAGCAUUAGCAAUUGUAUUUACAGUUGAUCAUUUUUUCAUAAUAUUUCGGAACGAUGCAAAGUUACCUUCAAUUACUCAAUCAAGAUUAUUACGUUACGCAGAGUUUUUACAAGGGUUCGAUUAUGAAAUUAUAUUCAAAAAAGGGAUUGAAAACUCAAACGUGGAUUGUUUAUCAAGAGCAACAGCAAAUAAUUCGAGAAAAUCUACAGACAAAAGCAUCAACGAGGAUGUCAGUCAAAUCUGUUAUACAACCAUUUUUGAAAUUUCAAACGAACAAUUAGAUUCAAAGAUUCUUGCAUUUGAAACUGGAAAAGAUGAAAAAUUAUCAAAGUUAAAAACAGAUAUUUUAAAAUCUAACAACAUUCAAGAAUUUUACGUAAACGACGGUAUUAUAUUUAAAGGUUCAAGAGCUGUCAUACCCAACAGUUUGCAAAGCAUAAUAUUAAAAGAGCUUCACCGUACUCAUUGUGGCAUUAAAAAAAUGAAACAAUUAGCUAGAAGAUAUUGUUACUGGGUAGGCAUCGAUAAAGACAUUGAGCAAACAGUAAGAUCUUGUGAAGAAUGUGUUAAAAUUCAGGCAAUGCCACAUAAGGUUCACGUUCAUCAUUGGGAAUCACCACAAACCAAUUGGGAGAGAAUUCACUUAGAUUAUGCCGGUCCAUUUCAAGGUUAUUACUUCUUAGUUGUCAUUGAUGCGAAAUCAAAAUGGGCAGAAGUAAGUAUGUUAAAGCAAUCUCCAAAUUCAGAGAGCUCUAUCAAACGUUUAGACAGAAUAUUUUCAAGUCACGGUUUUCCUCACGUAUUGGUAUCGGAUAACGCAACUUUAUUUACAAGUGAUACUUUCAAAAAAUACUGA